AUAAACAAAGUGCAAACUUAAUCCUUUUCAAAGGUAGUGAAAUAUAUUUUUUCGAGUGCGUGUGUAAGUAAUAUUUCCGGUGAUAUAUCGUUUCAAAUUUAAAAUUUAUUAACAUUGUGUGCCAAUUUGUUUACCAAAAUUUGUCAUAUGAUUGCGUCGUCCUUGUAACAUAAACAGCAACUAAGUCUGGUCUGGAGUUAUCAUCGUCUGCAUCGUCUGUAAAAACACGUCCUUGUCAUUUUGUGGCAUUUAUAUUCAUUUUUGCUUGUGUUAUUUAUGAUCUGAAAAAAGUAUAUUUUUUCAUUUUAAUUUGACGCGCAUAUGUUGCUUGCUUCGAAACGAGCAAACAAGUAAUUAUAAUGUUGGUGGUCAUGAAAGACUCGGCAUCUCCCCCAGCUACAAAGUGCUGUCGAUCCCAGCUCACAACGUGGACAAUAUGGACACAAAAUUGCUACAUACUUUUGCUGUUACUGGCGUUGCAGUUACCACAUCUCAGCAUGGCCAAUCGUUUGUCAGAUACCAAACUACAUGAAAUUUACUUAGACAACAAAGAAAUAAAACUCAGUUGGAUGGUUGAUUGGUAUAAGCAAGAAGUACUUUUCCACUUACAAAAUGCCUUUAAUGAACAACAUCGCUGGUUCUAUUUGGGUUUCUCAAAGCGUGGUGAGCUUGCUGAUGCAGAUAUAUGCUUUUUCGAAAAUCAAAACGGGUUCUUUAAUGUUGUAACGGACACUUAUACUAGUGCUGAUGGCAAAUACGUGCAAAAGGACUACCAACAGGACUGUGAGCUUUUCAAAAUGGAUGAAUUUACAUUAGCAUUCAAAAGAAAGUUCGAUACUUGCGAUCCUUUGGAUUUGAGAAUGCACGAAGGUACAAUGUACAUAAUGUGGGCACGUGGUGAAAAUCAAUUGGCCUUAGAAGAUAAUCAGUUUGCAUUGCCAAAUGUUUCGUCAAACGAGUCAGGCAUCAAAAUGAUGCAACUACUGAGAGCCGAUAAAAUUCUCAUACCCGAAACCGAAAUGAAACAAAUCGAAAUCAAUUUGAAAAACGUGCCGAUCCCAAAUAAGGAAACUACAUACUGGUGUCAUAUACAAAAACUUGAUGACUUUCUAAAGGACAAACAUCACAUUGUGCAAUUUGAGCCCAUAAUUACUUCGCCUAGUAUUGUGCAUCACUUGGAAGUGUUUCAUUGCGAAACUGAAGCAAAUGUAGAAAUUCCCAUUUACAAUGGCGACUGUGAACAAAUGCCCAAAGCUGCUAAAGUCUGCUCAAAAGUGAUUGCUUUAUGGGCCAUGGGCGCUAGCACAUUUACAUAUCCACCAGAGACUGGCUUACCAAUUGGUGGCAAAGAGUAUAAUCCAUACGUACGUCUGGAAGUACAUUUUAAUAAUCCUGCUUUAGAGAAAGAUCACGUCGAUAGUUCCGGUAUGCGCAUAAAAAUGGUCUCACAGCUGCGACAAUAUGAUGCUGGUGUAAUGGAACUGGGACUUGAAUACACGGACAAAAUGGCAAUACCGCCAGGUCAAGUGGGAUUUCCAUUGAAUGGUUAUUGCAUUUCUGAAUGUACUGAAGUUGCCUUACCAAGUACUGGCAUCGUCAUAUUCGGUUCUCAACUACAUACACAUUUACGUGGUGUACGUAUACUCACACGUCAUUUCCGUGGUACCGAAGAGUUACGUGAAAUAAAUCGAGAUGAUUACUAUUCACAUCACUUUCAGGAGAUGAGGAAUUUGCAUUAUAAACCGCGCGUUCUACCGGGAGAUGCUUUAGUCACAACUUGCUAUUACAACACCAUCGGCUAUGAAAAUGCAACUCUUGGUGGGUUCUCCAUAAGCGACGAAAUGUGUGUCAACUACAUUCACUACUAUCCGGCAACAAAGUUAGAAGUUUGCAAAAGUUCAGUUUCCGAAGAUACUUUGGAGAAUUAUUUCAUUUACAUGAAAAAAAAAGAACAUCAACGGAAUAUUCACUUAAAUGGAGCACGUUCCAAAAAUUAUCACAGUAUUAAGUGGACGCAGCCACGCGUCGAUCAGCUUUACACGAUGUAUAUACAGGAACCACUUAGCAUGCAGUGCAAUAAGUCUGAUGGUUUCCGGUUCGAGGGAUACAAUUGGGAAGGUGCACCCAUCACGCCGGUACAAAUUAAAAUUCCCAUUCACCGUAAACUUUGUCCAAACUAUAAUCCACUCUGGUUAAAACCACUUGAAAAAGGGAAAUGCGAUUUACUAGGUGAAUGCAUUUAUUAAAUUUUUUUUACUUUUGUAUUUUUCAGUUGUGUCUUAAUUCUAAUUUUUUUAAUUGAAAGUAAGGAAAGAAGAACUAUAUAAUAGACUUAAUUAAUUUUUAUUAUUUAUGAAACUGAAUUGUUAAUGUUUAGGAAUAUAGUAACUGUAAAGGACAAUUGCUUUUUCAAAAUUAAAAAACUUGAUAAGACAAUGAAUUUUGUUAAUGUUACCCAGACAGAAGUGUUACAUUUUGUAUAAAUAUUUCACAACUAUAGCAUACCUUUUCUUAACAGAUAGUAAUUUUAAUUAUCUCAAGAAUUUAAAAUUAUUUAAGAACAUAAUUCGAAAUUAAAUUUCACUCAAGUUUAACCACCUUCAAUUUAAAAUGUCUUUUUUUAUGGUUGUUUUUGUAGAAAAACCAAUUGUCCUUAAACAUAUUUGUACGUAAGAGUAUUAGAAACAAUAAGGAAAUAAUAUCAGCGAUAUAAAUACAAUAUAUGUUAGAAGAAUGCACUUAUAUUUAUAAUUUUUAAAAUGAACUAAAUUAUUAGUAUUCAGAGAUGAGGAAAUUAUAUAUGCGCGCAAGAAUAUAUCUAUAUAUGUAUUUAGAAACCAUUAAUGAAACAUAUGAUAAACUUAUAUAUGAUGUGAUAAUUAUACCAUGAACAUUAGUAAAAAUUUAUAAUAAAUGACCA